CCCGCCCUUUCUGUUCCCAUUGGUUUGGGGCCGAAGUCCUCUUUAUUAUGGCGGCCAAGCUUCGGUUGCGUUCCGCGCUCGCUCUGGUCACAGGUGCAGGCGGUGGCAUCGGCCGGGCAGUCAGCCUGCGCCUGGCCAGGGAAGGGGCCCUCGUGGCUGCAAGUGACCGGGAUGGGGCAGCGGCCGAGGAGACUAUACGGCUUCUGGAGGGGUCGGGGAGCGAAGCUGGGGCCGGCCCAGGGGGUCACGCUGCUUUCCAAGCUGAUGUAACCCAGGCCAGGGCAGUGCAGGGGCUGAUAGAGCAAAUCCAGGCCUGCUUCUCCCGCCCACCAUCAGUGGUGGUCUCUUGUGCCGGGAUCACCCGGGAUGAGUUUUUGCUCGGAAUGUCUGAGGAUUACUGGGAUGAAGUCAUUGCUGUCAACCUCAAGGGCACCUUUUUGGUCACUCAGGCUGCAGCUAGAGCUCUGGUAUCCAGUGGCUGUGGUGGCUCCAUCAUCAACAUCAGCAGCAUUGUAGGAAAGGUGGGGAACCUGGGGCAGACAAACUAUGUAGCAUCCAAAGCUGGAGUGGAAGGAAUGACCCGAAGUGUGGCCCGAGAACUUGGAAGACAUGGAAUCCGAUGUAACUCCAUCCUUCCAGGAUUCAUCAUAACACCCAUGACAAAGAAAGUACCACAGAAAGUAUUGGAGCAGAUAAUGCCACAAAUCCCGAUGGGCCAUCUAGGGGUUCCUGAGGAUGUGGCAGAUGUAGUGGCAUUCCUGGCAUCAGAUGACAGUGGAUACAUCACAGGGACCACUCUGGAGGUCACUGGAGGUCUCUUCAUGUAACUCCCACAGGGUCCCAGGACACUGAACUCAUCUCUUCCCCCAAGCAGCACCAUGGCCAGGCAAAGGAAGAUUCAGAUAGAGGUUGGGGGACCAGCGACUGUAUAUUGGGAAGACAAAUUAUGUGAAAAGGGUGUCUGUGACCCUAAUAAAUUCUAAAUCUUCCUACCA